CACGCCAUUUCCUGCAAAUUCCUUGCCAGAUCAAACCCUAAAAUUUUCUGUUCAAGAGAGAAGCAACUGAAAGCAAAGAUCGAAGAUCAUAAAUCAAUUUUUGUCGUAGAAUACCGAGCGGCAGGCAUGUCUUCAGGCGACAACAAUAACAGCGAUGGUGAUUCAGCCGCAGAAUCGAUCGGCCAGUACACCACCUUAAAACCCUCGGUGAGUGCUGUCCAGCCUACAAAAAUAACGAAUCCGACUAAAGAAGAGGAAAGCAGUGAGAAAAUCGCGUCCGCAAUGGCUGAGCGCCACUCCGGCGAUCCUUCUGCCUUCCGCAGGGUCGAUCCACCCCAGGGUGACGAAAAGAAAGAAUCGGCGGGAGAAGGAGAGGAGAAAGCCGAAAGCGGUUUUGUUGAGAAGUGGAAGAUCUGUCUGGCCGUUAGCGGUAUUGUGGUAGCGGUUUUGGGGGCCGUCCUGGCAGCUUGUACUAAGCUGAAAGGAAAAACCCCGAGGGACUGAUAUUUAUAAUAUGGUUUGAAAUAAUUUCAGCCUCGUUUAUCAAUGUAUGUGGAAUGGAUGAAAGAGAUCGAUGUCUCUUUACAGUC